AUGUCAAGAACAUCCAACGCCUGGGUUUGGGCAUACUUUAGUGAACAGGAUAAUAUUGCCCCAAAGUUUCCAACCCAAUGUAAGCUUUGCCAUUUAACUCUUCUUUAUGCUCGAAAAAAUGGCUUCCGCAAUCUUAUCAAGCAUCUUGCAAGAGCCCACAAUGUUCUUCCAGAACAAGUCCCUCAAAAGGCAAUCACCUAUCCAGGUAAUCCACAGGGUUCUGCUUUGCAAAGCAUUUCUUCUGCAGAGGUUAAUAGAAGAAAGAACCAUUCCUUUCAUAGCAAACCGACAGUUCACUUCAAUGAUUCGGACAAGGUGAAAAUUGAAGAGCCAGGAAAUCGGGAAAACGCGAUGUCUUCCCCUAUGGAGCGUCCUUUACCACCAUUAGUUUUCAAUGAGCCUGCAAGAAAAAGAAGAAAAGCACCAGUUUCGUCUUCGGCAAACAGUUCCAUCUUUUCUGAUCAGGACAAAAGUGCAGGCAGUAGUUUUACUACUGAUUGCAGUGGGCCGUUAGUUGACCAGAACAAGAUGGCCUACAGCUUGUCUUAUUAUCCAUAUUAUAAUGCCCAGUCAACACCAACCCCAAAACAGCAAACGGGAGAAUACUCGGAUGUUCAUGAAGAGUUCCAAUUUCUUAAAGAGGCAAACCAGAGAGUUGAAAAAGAGUUGCUGGAGCAUAAGCAGAUGUUGGUCAAUAUUCAGCAACAGUUUGCACGUAUGACGAACUCUUCCAGGGAAUCUGGGAUUCGAAUUCCAUAUGAAUUAUUACCAUUUACGGAUGGAUCCUCUCCAACCUGUGUAUCUUUGCCCUUGCUCCGCAAUAUUUUUGAUGUCUUCAAAUGCACAAAUGUGGAGAUGGAAAGUAUUAUGAAGCGGUAUGGACUUAACGUUGACUUUCAAGGUACCUCUAAGGAUGAAAUAAGAAAGCAAAAUACCAUAAGAUUAGCUAAAUUUAUUGGUUGCACGCACGCCGAAUUUUAUUGGAAUAAUCUAGUUUGA